AUGUUUCCUGGACGACGUGGGCUUAAACCACUUUUUAUGGAAGGAGUUGCCGCGUUUCUCUCGUUUGCGUUUGCUCAAGAAUGUUGUCGCAGGGAAGGAGGGGUAAGGUGUCCGUGUUUAAAGUGUGGUUGCAGAAAUAUUAUUAGUGACCCUAGUGAAGUGAAUCGUCACUUGGAGAGAGUGGGUUUUAGGCCAAAUUACUGGGUUUGGACAUCUAAUGGGGAAACAAUGCAGGAGAUGAAUAGAGAGGCUUCUAGUAGUCAAACACAUAUAGAACCAGAUAUAAAUAGAGCUGAUCCAGGGAGUAGUUCAUCACAAAUGCAAUGCCAAGAGCAAUUUAAUCUCGUCGAGGAGAUGUUCACUGACGCAUUAGGGGUGAAUGUGGCGUAUGAUGAACCACAAGACAUAGAUGGAGAAGAGCUCCCGAAUGAGAAAGCUCAAAGGUUUUAUCAGUUGUUGAAAGAAAUAAAUAUACCAUUGUUUGAGGGGUCUUCUGACUCUAAGCUAUCAAUGUGUGUGAGACUUUUGGCUGCGAAGUCAAAUUGGAAUGUUCCUGAUCAGUGUUUAGAAUUCUUUGCGAGAAUGAUCUUGGACGCGACUCCUGUGAAAGAAAACAUGCCUAUAAGUUAUUAUGAUGCAAAGAGGGUGGUGUCGAAGUUGGGAUUAGAAGAAUGUAAGUUUUGCGAGAGUCCGAGGUAUUUAGUUAGCAGUAAAGGAGUUGACCAAAGGCAAAAUCGCAUUGCAGUGAAAUCUAUGUUCUAUCUACCAAUAAUACCUAGGUUGCAAAGAAUGUUUGCAUCAAUGCACAGUGCAAGCCAAAUGGCAUGGCACCAUACAAACAGAAUUAGUUCAGGCAUGAUGCGACAUCCAUCUGAUGGCGAGGCAUGGAAACACUUUGAUAGAGUUCAUCCUGAAUUUGCACUUGAACCUAGGAAUGUCCGACUUGGAUUAUGCUCAGAUGGUUUCACUCCUUAUAAUUUUUCAGGAAAUGCAGAUUCUUGUUGGCCAGUUAUUGUUACCCCCGUACAAUCUCCCUCCUGA